UCAAAUGGAAUAUAUUCUUUUAAUACCCAUCAUAGUGAUCAUCACUAUCUUCCUUAUCUUCUCAAAAUCACACAUAAAAUCAAACCUUCCUCCCGGACCUAAACCAUGGCCUAUCAUAGGCAAUAUACUUGAGCUUGGGGACAAGCCUCAUCAAACAUUCACCGAGCUUUCAAAAACUUACGGUCCAAUAAUGUUUUUAAAACUCGGGUCUGUCCCUACAAUAGUAAUAUCUUCCCCAGAUAUAGCUCAAGAAAUGUUCCUUAAACACGACAUAACCUUCUCAGAUAGAAUUGUUCCAGACUCAGUCCGAGCCAUGGAUCAUGAUAAAUAUUCUAUGAUCUGGCUCUCGGUAAGCCCAAAAUGGCGUAACCUUCGAAAAAUUGCAGCCGUACAAUUAUUCACAAAUCACCGACUAGAUGGUGGCAAAGAAUUGCGCCAAAAAAAGGCGCAAGAGCUUGGUGAUUAUGUACGACAAUGUAGGGAAUUGAGUACACCAGUCGAUAUUAGUAAGGCCGCGUCAAUUAGUGUAUCAAACUUGUUGUCUAACACAAUUUUUUCCAUGGAUUUGAGUAGCCAUACUUCAACCAAUUCCCAAGAAUUUAAUGAGCUAAUUUUGCAUAUGAUGGAAGAGGCACUAACACCAAAUGUGUCUGAUUUAUUUCCUAAGCUUAAGCACUUAGAUUUACAAGGAGUAUUAAAAAGAACUUGUAAAUUUACUCAUAAAAUCAUGAAAAUUUUUGAUAAAAUUAUAAAGGAAAGGUUAUUGAAGGAUCCUAUGAAUCGUACAGAUGAUGUAUUAGGGACUUUGCUCAAGCUUUUGGAGGAUAAAGAAAUGAGUAUUCAUGAUGUCAAACAUUUCCUUAUGGAUUUAUUUACAGGUGGAAUACAUACAACUUCUGUCACAGUGGAAUGGACAAUGACCGAAUUAUUACACAAUCCACAAAAAAUGAAAAAGGCUCAAAUUGAGAUAGAUGAAGUAGUUGGCAAAGAUAGACCCAUACAAGAAUCAGAUAUUACCAAAUUACCAUAUCUUCAAGCAGUUGUGAAAGAAACACUACGAUUACAUCCGCCAGCUCCUCUUUUAAUUCCUCGCAAGACCAUAAAAGAUGUAGAAUUAUGUAACUAUUUUGUGCCACAAAAUUCGAACAUUUUGAUAAACUUAUGGGGAAUGGGUCGUGAUUCAACCAUAUGGUCGAACCCACUUUUAUUUUCUCCUGAAAGAUUUUUGGAUAGUGAAGUUGAUUUUAAAGGACGAUAUUUCGAGUUUAUACCCUUUGGAUCGGGAAGAAGAAUAUGUCCAGGUUUGCCGUUAGCUCAUAGGAUGACACAUUUACUCUUGGCAACUCUAAUAUCAUUCAAUUGGAAGAUUAGUCCGGAUACUAUAGACAUGGAAGAAAAGUCUGGGAUUGCUUUGCUAAAGCUUAAGCCUCUUCGAGUCAUUCCAUCUCUUUGAUAAAUAUUAAUCUCUUUUAUCUACACAAUAAAAUAAUUCAUUAUUAGCUUCUCAAAAUUAUUCAUGUACCAAAUUAAACGACAAUUUAAGUUUUACGUGAAU